CCAAGUCGUCAACAACGACACAACCCUACAGAUGUCGCUCUCUGAUUGGCUGACGCUGCGCCUACCCCCGGUCUGCUUCUCAGUGUUUUCAUUGCGAGUCUGCUCCAGUCGAGCUUUUCACUUGUGCGAGACUUUGCGAUUUGGAAGUUUUCCAGUGCUGCCAGCUGUGAUCUUCACCUGUGCUUUACUACACCCACCUUAAAUCAUCUACACUACUGUUACAUCUCAAUCAGAAAACAACACACUGACUAGAUAAACAUAUUCAGACACAAUUUAAUUAGUUUAAUUAAUUUGGAACAUAUUUAAAUACAUUUCACAGUUUGUAUUUUCUCUGUUGCUUUGGUCUAGAUAACCUGUUUUUCCUCCCCCAGUUUUCUUCUGUUCUCAUUGUCUUAACAGGAUGCCACGCAAGGGACGACGCUCCGAGGCCGCCAAGAAGAGAUGGAGGACCCUGGACCUGCAGGGCAGCCAGCCGGACGUCGCCAAGCCCAGGACAUCCCCACCCACCGCGCAGGCUUGGACCCCCACCCAGUCUCCGGAGAAUAAGGUGGAGGGAACUCCGACUGAGAGGACCAGGCCAGCCCGUCGCCAGCCCAGGAGAGCCGCCCCCACGUUGGAGGUUGACGCCCCCGCCGAGUCCUCUCCCGUGCCCCUCGAGGACCAUGUCAGGGAUGACAGCUGCCAGGCUUUUUCGUUGGAACCCUGCGCCAGCGGUCCGCCUGUCCAGACUGUGAGGGCCACACAUUGCCAGGCUGACUACAGAUACGGUACAUUUUCCCGUAAUCACCAGUGCACCUGUAUGGCUCUGACAUUUUUAGCGUACCACAGUGAGGGGUUGCAGUGUGACACAGUGUUACUUGACAGAGUACUUGAGCAAGGAGAUGCACUUUAUGUUGGCAUUAAACAGCAGCUCAUGUUGGACGGUAGAUUUGUUGAUAAUCACUUGACAGUUGAAGAGAUGCCCCAACAAGUACUGACAGACGGGAACAUCUACACUGUACACACAACAGGUGUAAGAGUUGGUCAUGUUUUGUGUCAGAAUGAUAGCCCUCAAAGAUCACGGCGAAUGGGAUUGCCUCUUGCUUCACAACUAGAGUGCCUGUCUGAAAAUGUCACCCAUGCUUUUCUUUUGGUGACUCCAGAGUGCAUUGCAGUUUUCCGGGACAAAGACGGUAGGUUUGGAGUUUUUGAUUCUCACUCCAGAAACUCAGCAGGCCUGCCCCAUCCUAACGGAACUGCAGUAGUCAUGACUUUUAGCGACCUAACGCUCAUGGUUGAACAUCUGUACAAACUCUUUGAGAACCGUGGCCCCUAUGCCACGUAUGAGUUUGUACCAGUAUCGUUUGUCAGCAACGACAUUGGUGAUGCCCCUCCUCCGGCCUUGAGCAAUCUGAAUAUUUCACCUGGAUCCACACAAGCAAGCCCAGGUGUUGAGAAACCAGAGAGCACUUCUGAUGAAGAGGAAAUGCCAGCUUGGCUUGCUGAAGUUGUAAAAAAGUCCGAUGUCAACCAACAGGACGAGAUGAAAAAGAUCAUGCAGGCCUAUUCAAAACAGUUAGUGCUCAAGAGUCAGUAGCCCGUACACGUAUCCAAUUUGAAUAAAAAGCUAACUCUGACUGCACUGUUCAAUUGUUAGGAUUAAUUGGAAUGUAUGUACCUGACUGUUGUGAAGUGCCUUGAGACAACAUGUGUUGUGAAUUGGCGCUAUAUAAAUAAACUGAAUUGAAUUGAAUUAUCUCAAGUAUCAAGAAGUGGAUUUACUUGUGUAAAUUACCAUUAAAACUCAUGGUACA